CCGUCGGCACGGCCGCCAUGGAGGCGGGGGGGGAGCGGCGGCGGGAGCGGCGGCGAAGGGACGCGGCCGUGAAGGCCGAGCGGCGCAGCCCCCGGCGCAGCCCGUCGCCGCCGAGCGAGGAGCGGCGGGGCAGCCGCGGCAGCAGGUCGCCCCGGCGGAGGAGCCGGUCCGGACGGAGGAGCCGCUCGCCCCGCGGCAGGAGGAGCCGCAGCCGCAGCCCGUACCACGGCACCGUGAGGGUGAAACAGGAGCGGGACGAGCACGGCCGCAGGGGCAACGAGGAGCGCAAGCCCAGGCACUCGUCAGAGCGGGAGCAGCGGCGGGACCGGAGUGGGGACCGGGACCGGCACAGGGACCACUCGGAGCGCAGGAAGAACCCGGGGGCUCGAGGCCACGAGCGGGACGCGCAGACCCUGCGGGAGCAGCAGGCAGAGAGGGAGCUCUACAACGAGAGGCGGCGGGAGCACCGGCAGGGCAGCGCCGAGCACAACCCCGAGCUGCGGCUGCCCGAGGGCAAACCCAAGGAGAAGGCGGCCGCCAACAAGGAGAAGCCGAGCUUCGAGCUGUCGGGGGCGCUGCUGGAGGACACCAACACGUUCCGGGGGGUGGUGAUCAAGUACAGCGAGCCCCCCGAGGCGCGCGUGCCCAAGACGCGCUGGCGCCUGUACCCCUUCAAGAACGACGAGUUCCUGCCCGUGAUGUACAUCCACCGGCAGAGCGCCUACCUGCUGGGCCGGCACCGCCGCAUCGCCGACAUCCCCAUCGACCACCCCUCCUGCUCCAAGCAGCACGCCGUCUUCCAGUACCGGCUGGUGGAGUACACCCGAGCUGAUGGCACCGUGGGCCGCAGGGUGAGGCCCUACAUCAUCGACCUGGGCUCGGGGAACGGCACCUUCCUCAACAACCAGCGCAUCGAGCCCCAGCGCUACUACGAACUGAAGGAGAAGGACGUGCUCAAGUUCGGGUUCAGCAGCAGGGAGUACGUCCUGCUCCAUGAAUCCUCAGAUAAGUCUGAGGCCAAUGCAAAGGACGAUGAUGAGGAUGAGGAAAAGGAAGAAGAGUCUGACAGUUAACAGAUGAGGAGGAAGUGUGAGAGGGGCAGAGGAGAGAAACUCUUUGCAGUUGAACGGGAUGACCACGGAGCAUCACAGCGCUGAUGCCUCUUGUUGCCUUAAAGUCCUUUUUCUGUUGCUGGUCUGUUCUCACAGUUUGUCUUGGGGGACUUUGCUGAUUAUUCAUCUUUUAUAGGUUUUGCAUAUCAGGAAAUACAGCUUUACUUUUAUUUUUCUCCCAACAAGCAGAAGAGCACCUGGACAUGAAAGCUCUGGUGCUGGAAACCCUGCACACACAGUGCCAGCAAACCAUGUCAAACACAGAUGACAUCUGGAAAAUUAUUUUUAUGACCUGUUUUGUUAUAGCCCUUUGAAAAUACUACAGACUGAAAUGUUAGUUAGAGAGUCCCCGAUGCACGUCCCGUUCAGUAGUUUGCCAAAUUCUUCUGCCUGUUGGAAGUUCUGACAGGAGAAUUUAUCCAGGUCACUGCUGAAAGGGCAGAAAUGUGGCAAAGCCCCUCCUGUAUUUGUAUGUUUUGGGUAUUUAAUUUGCCUCAUGGUGGCUGAGGGAGGGCAUUUCACUGGAUUUUUGCCUGGAAAUCACAAGGGAACGUGAAACAGAAGUUAAACACUUCCUGGGAUUUCAGGUGACUAGGCUGUGACGGGGGCUGAGGGCAGGGUCUGCCCACAUGUUCCCACAUUCGAUGCUGACGCUGUCCUUGAAUGUGGAGUGUCUGGGUCAAAAGCUGGAGCUGUUAUUUCUGAUCCCACCCUGCCACAGCGUUUGUUUGUUACACAGAAACUCCUUCAAUGUGGUGACACGUUUGAACCAGAGUUUGCACUAUUUAAGUUCUCUUUUUAUAAAAACUUACCUUAGUUCCUUGUUUAACUCAGUCUCCCCCUGUAAAGAAAUCGCGUUUAGGAAGAGAAGCACCAAUCUCACUCACUGGGGGUUGCAUAGUGUUUGCUGUCUCCUCCCCAUCGCUUUAUGUUAAAUGUGUAUUUCCCACACUUCGCGGGGUGUUUGUGGCCGCACCUGUUUGUUCGUCCCUGCCGUGUACAGACUGUCCGCCGGCCGUUCGCGUUGUACACGCGGCUGGAAACGCUGACGGUGUAAAUACGGGCCAUUGCCGUGGGGUUUCGGACGGGGGUUUGAGCAGGAGGAGCUCCUUUAUAUCUACUCCAGGAGGUUUUUAAAUAAAGGCUUUGUAAAUCC